CAUGUGAUUAAGUUAUGGUGUAACUUGUUUAUAGAUUGGGGUCCAGACUAUUUUUUUUACUAGUUCGCUUAUUGAAAAUUUCCUGACAACAUUUCUACGGUGUUGCCAUCAGUUUUUCUUGGUGAUAGCUUGUUCAUUCCUCCAUCAUGUCCAUGGUUCAUUCGACAUGGAUGAAACACUGAUUAUAUGAAGCCACAAAGAACACAAAAAUCGGAAUCUGUUGAUUACAAAAUGACUGAUUGCUGGAUUAGUGAAUCACUUGAGUUGUGAGUGAAUUCAGAAUACACAGGCCCUAACACAACAACACAAGCAAAUUAGUCAUCAGCAGCCAGCGCAGUGCAGUCAGUAGAGAGAUCCUUAGACCUUACUUUUUUGUUAUUCACGAGAUUGUUCUACACAUUCACCAUGGGCCUGUUUGGUAAAACACCACAAAAGGAUCCAAAGGAACAGGUACAAGAGUGGACAAGGAAUUUAACAAAAGAAAGCCGAAAGCUUGAUAGACAGAUCAGAUCGAUUGAAAGAGAAGAGCUCAAAGUGAAAAGAUCCAUCAAAGAGGCGGCCAAAAAAGGACAAAAGGAUGUAUGUAAAAUCCUGGCUAAGGAGAUCGUCAACUCAAGGAAAGCUAAGACGAGGAUUCACACCUCCAAGGCACAACUCAACUCGGUCAGUAUGCAGAUGAAGAACCAAUUAGCUGUUAUCCGGAUGUCGGGUGCUCUAUCGAAGAGCACCGAGGUCAUGAAGUACAUGCAACAGCUGUGUAAGGUCAGCGAGGUACAGGCAACAAUGAUGGAGAUGUCUAAGGAGAUGAUGAAAGCAGGCAUCAUCGAGGAGAUGUUAGAAGACACCUUUGAGUCUAUGGAGGAUGAUGACCUGGAAGAAGCAUCUUCGGAGGAGGUGGAGAAAAUCCUCUUUGAGAUCACAGCAAAUCAUCUCAGCGACGCUCCCAAAGCAGUCAAGGAUGACCUCCCGGCAGGAGCAACAGCUGUUGUGUCCGAUGAGGAGGAAGAGGUGGCUGAAGACAUCUCGGAGAUGCAAGCAAGACUUGAAGCACUCCGCAGUUAAGACGGUAAACCAAGAUUUCUCAACCCCAAUAGAAAGUCCUUCCUCUAAAGCCCGUUUCAUACUUCCUGCAAAUGCGAAUGCAAUGGUAAUUUUGACGUCACAGCUCUAUUUUUGCAGUGAAUGUUUCGCAGCAGUUGAGCACACUGUUGCGAAUUGUUUGUUGCGAAUUUGUGACGUCAAAAUUCGUAUCGCAUUCGCAUUCGCAGGAAGUAUGAACUGUCUUUAUGACAUCACCUAAAUCAAGGCUCAAAUUACAAUAAAAUCUACACUCGGUCAUAGCGAUGAAUUUUCACUAAAACUGAAAAUGUUUCUACAAAACCAAGUAUAUUUCUUUUUCUUGGCAGCUUUGGAGCUUCAGUAUGUAGCUUAAGUUUAAAGUUAGUCUUGAAAAGUGCGUUAAGAAAAACUUGGGAGUGCUGGAUGGACUUGUUUUGUUUUGAGGUUAAUGAACCAAUCUUAAACAUUAACUGGAUCCGCUCUUGCUGUCCAGUGGAAGAACCCUGUAGAAAGAUGGACACCAUUUUUAGAGUCAAGAGACUGAUCUUUGAGCAUUACAAACCCAUAAGUCAAACUUUUCGAGUUCUAGAAAAGGCAGAUAAUAGGAGUGCCAUAAAGCCAAAAGGGGAAAUUGUUAAUAACUAGAGAAUUUGUUGUUGUAUGGGCAGAGACCAUGGUCCCUUCAAAAAAAACAGACCCUGUACUACCAGCCGUCGAUUUCACAAAACUCUUCCUAACUUAGGACUAAUCUUAGGACUUAAGACGAGUC